GAUCAAGCACUAGGUCAGUACGGUUCCUACACAACAAACAAAGGAAAGGAAGCGAGAAAAAGAACGGGAAGAAGAUGUCGAAGUCGGUGAUCGAGCACGAGGUGGUGGGGCAUCACGACAUCCUGCGCUUCGGUCUGCACGCUGUGAAGGGCGACAUCGUGGGAUCCCACCCUCUUCAAUCACUUCGCGAUUCUAAGAGUAGAAUUUCGGAGGAAAAGAAGCGCAUGGGGUUGGAUUUUGCCUAUGGAUCAGCUUUCAAUCUGAGGAAUGAUUUCGAUGCUCAAAUUCUAUCCAGAUUCCAUAGACCUGGAGCAUUGCCAUCCUCCAUGCUAGGUUUCGAGGCUUUUACUGGUGGAUUAGACGAAUUUGCCUUUGAGGACUACCUCAAUUUGCCACAAGAUUCAGAAUCCAUCAGACCAUCAGACUUGCAUCACAGUAUGGAAGUUCGCCUUGGCAUAACAAAGGGACCUGUGUGCCCAAGUUUCACCUAGAUCACUCGUCUUUGUUGUGGUUAAAUUUGCUUAAUGAAUCUGUCUGAAGACUCAAUUUGGUUGCUGCAACUACCUUUUCUUUUCAAGUGGUCGAGAGACAUGUUGUGUAAUGUUGCUCGAAAAUUAUCUUAUGUCGUGAGCUAAAUGAACUUAUUUAAAUUUUGGAAAAUCAUCUUAUGAUCACAA